AUGUCCCUUGACUUUGAUAGUGGAGCUCUACAAACUCAACAUGAAGAUGAAGACUAUGACCAAGAAGAUUAUGCAAGAGAGCAAGAGUUGCAACAAUUGUUGACAGACCUUCCCCAUGAUAUGCUGGAGGACAGUGGAGACCAACUCUCCAGUUUCUCAGACUGUAGCAUUCAGGAGACUGAGGAGCAGUCACAUGAGCCUGGGAAACUUGAUGGAAGGUGGAAAGAUCAUCCAUUGAUCAGUGAUCCUCCAAAUGGCUAUGAACAAGGACAAAAUCUGCACCCUGAACAAUUCUUGUGUGACCAGCAAACUGAUCACGUUGAAAAACAUGGGAAGAAUUGGAAUGGCCUACAUAAUGAUAAAGAGAAGAAACAUUUAUAUGAUGUUAAAGAAGAUUGCUGUGGCCAGGAUGGCCAAGAUGAUCCAGAUCAUCUGUAUCUUGGUAGAGAUGGGUUUAACUCUCCAAGUUGCUACCAAGAGAACAAUGUGUAUCAUCUUCCUGAAAACUUCAGGCCUUAUUCAAAUGGCCAUAAACCAGAAUUUAACAACCAGCAAAUUAAAAUAAUAAAUUUUUCAGAUGAUCCAAAGGAACAUCUUAAGCAGUUUGUUGCAUCUGAUCUUGUCAAUGGCCAAUCACCAGAAUCUUACAAAGUGACUUAUAAACCAUACCAAAAUGGCAUUCAUCAAAAUAUUCCAGGAAUCCAAGAAGGAAAUAGAAGAAAUGAAGUGUUUGAAGAUCUGCAACAUGAAUUCUUGGUCAAUGAUGAAAAUUCUUCAGAAAAUAUGCAGAUCCUUCAACUUCAAGUUCUAAAUAAAGCAAGGGAAAGACAACUGGAAGAACUUAAUGAAAAGCUAGAAAAGAGUGCACAGCAGAUUAGGUAUUUGAAUCAUCAGCUUUCAAUGGUCAAAGAUGAAAAGGAUGGUUUGGCUCUUAGUCUCCAUGAGUCUCAGAAACUCUAUCAGAAUGGAAAGGAACGGGAAAUGCAUCUUGAAGGUCAAAUCAAAGCCCUUGAAACUCAAAUUCAGACUCUUACUACCAAUGAGGAGCAGAUACUGAAGCAAUCCAAAGUGGCAGAGGUGGCCAUGGAAAGCAUGCAAAAGCAGCUGUUAGAACUUCAGCGAUCAGAUGCCCUCCAGCGAGCCAGAGAACAACAUGAGGCCAUUAUUUCUGCACUCAAGCAGAAGUAUGAACAGCAAGUAUUGUCAUUAGAGCAGAAGCUUGACACUACACAAUCUGCACUCCGAGAGCAGAAAGAGGUUUGUAAAAAUCUGGGAGAACAUGUUAAGCAGCUUGAAAAAUUGCUGGAAGAAACCAAAUGUGAAAAAACUGAAAUAAUAAAUCGACUGACAAGAAGCCUAGAAGAAAGCCAAAAGCAGUGUGCAAAUUUACUGCAAACAGGUUCAGUGCAGGAGACAAAUCAGUUACGGUUUCAAUUGCAGCAAGCUCAGUCUGCACAAAUAAUAAGCAACAACAUGAACAAGGCUUUGCAGGAAGAAUUAAUGGAACUGAAAGAAGAAAUAGCUUUGUAUGAAUCUGCUGCCAGGCUUGGAGUGUUUUUGAAUGAUGCAGGUGGAGAGCGACAUAUGAGCUUGGGUGAUUCCUAUGUAGAACUGGGAAUUAAAAAAAUCACAGGGAAGAAGCCAAGAUUCUGCAGUGCAAUACAGAACAGAGACAUGGAUAAAGAACUCUCUAAAGAUGAAAUUAUUGUAGAAUUAAAAGCUGAGCUGGAACGUUUAUUGAGCAGUAAUAAAAUGAAGAGAAACCAGAUUACUCAACUACAAAAUAGUCUUAAAGAUUGCCAGGAGACACUAGAGGAAUACAAGCAGUUGAAAGCAGAGAAAGCAUCAAGAGAUCCAGAGCCUGUCACAAAUUUGAAGGAUGCUUCUGAUAAUCUAAAGAACGAAGUUCUGAGACUCAAAAAGGCUAAUGAAGCUUUACUGCAGGAAGUUGAGGCACAUACUUCAGCUAUUGAAGAACUGAAGGAAAAUGAGGAAAAACUGAAAAGCUUAAAUCAAGACCUCUGUUGUCAGAUGAGAAAAAUGGUUCAGGAUUUUGAUCAUGAUAAGCAAGAAGCCAUUGAUAGGUGUGAAAGAACUUACCAGCAACAUCAUGAGGACACCAAAGCACAUUUUGAGAAAGAGCUGAUGGAGAGGUUUGCUGUGGAAAAGCAGCAGCUUGUUCAAACUUCUGAAGAGACAAUCUCGCAGUUAAAGGAUAAUAUAGAGGAGCUGAACAAAGAGAUUACUGCUGUGAAAGAAUGUUACAUUGGAGUUUGUCGGGAGAAGGACAGCUUGGAAACUACUUUAAGACAGAAAUUUCAGCAAGAGCAGCAGCUGAAGGAAGAGAAGCUCAAGAGACAGUUACUAGAAGAAAAAGAAGCCUCCCUUAAACUUCUGAGGACUGAGCUUGAAGAGGAACACAUCAGGUCUAUGAUAGCAGCAAAGAAGCAGUGGCUGGAAGAAAAAAGCCAGCAGGUUCAAGAAGUUGCAUUAGCCAAAGUUCAUUGGGAAAAGGAAGAAAAAGAGAAUAAAGAACAAGUCAUUGCCAAAUUAGAAAGAGAAGGGCAAAGUAGGCUGGAAGAAGUGAGAAGAACUGUAGUUCAAUGUAAUGACUGCAGCUGCCAAACUGAUCAAGUUACAGUUGUGGAUGAAGCUUCAACUAAAGAGUUAGAAGGGACUGUUGAAGACCAGAGGCUACAGACCCAGAAGGCUCUGAGAGAAAAUACAGCCUCUGAAGAGGUCUUAAAAGAAUUUGAACUGGAAAAUAAAUACUGUAAAAAUCUUGCCAGCCAGGUAGAUGCAGCUUUAACCCAAGCCCAUGCCAAGUGGCUGCAAGAGUACAAACAAAAUCUAAAGAUAGAACAAGAAAAAUGGGAAAAGGAACACCAAAAGACUACAGCAAAGCAGUUAGCCCUGGUUCUCUCAGCUGCUGAGGAGAAAUGGAAGAAAGAAUAUGAAUGUACAGAGAGAUCUGGACUAAGAGUUAAAGAACUAGAAGAAAAGAUAAUUUCUCUGAGGAGAGAAUUGGAGCUAAAGAAAGAGGAAAUCCCUGCAGCUGUCAAAGCAGAACUAGCAAAAGCCCGUGUGCAGUGGAACAAAGAAAAGCAAGAAGAAAUUCUGCAGAUACAAGAGCAAAAUGAGAGAGAUUACCAGUCCUUCUUAGAUGAUCAUAGAAACAGGAUUAAGGAGGUCCUUGCAACAGCAAGGGAGGACCUUGCAAAGCAGAAGAAUGAUCUCUCCAUUCAGAAAGAUGCAGAAAUAAAGAUGUUGCUAGACCAAAAGCAGCGAGAAUGGGAGGCUGAGGGAGCCAAGCGACUACAGGAUGAAAUUAUACGGUAUGAGGAGAAGACCCUGGUUGAGCUGGAGUAUUUGUUGAGUGAAAUUCAUGAAGAACUAGUCAAGUGCACACAGAGUAAACAUUAUUGGAAGGACAAGUUUUUUGACUCUCAUGUUCAAUUAACCAGUCAAGGCAAUGACAAACUGAAGGCUUGUUUACAAAAGGCCUAUAGAACCACAGUCUGCACAAUUCUGGAAAAGAAAGAGCGAGAAUGGAAAGAGAGAUAUGAAGAGCUAGUGAGCAAUACAAAUCAAGAAUCAUACCCUUACCCACAACAUGGUGCAGGAAACACUGGGGAUGUGGCAAGACCCCCUGUGUGCAAUGCUGGACACCAAGCAGAUGCACAAAGGAGAUUGAGAAGACAGACACCCUUGCAGGAAGCUGGAACAGACAAAGGUAUUUGUCAGAAAUGCACAGAAAGGAACCUUGGGUCUCAGGAAGAUUUGUGCUGCAGAUGCUGCUGCCAGCAGAUUGAAAAAAGAGAGUCUGUGUGCCAGGACUUGAAAAGAGAGCUGGAGAUGGCCCACAAACAUCUUCAGCUUGCUGUGAAGGUAUAUGAAGCUAAGUCAGAGCAAAUCCAAGAAAAUGAGAUGGUUCCAGGAGCUCUAAUUGCAGAAAACUCUGAGACAAGCACUAAACUGAAAGACCAGGGAUCACCACCAAGGUCACUGUCAAGGGGAGGUAUCCCAAAACCUUGUGCAUCUUCUGACUCUGUGAAAGGUCUGGAAGAAAUGCGUGCUCACUACAUUAAAGCUUUGAGCAAGAUUAAGUGUGAUAUGCUUUGUUAUAUCCGUGAAAGUAAGGAACGAGCUGCUGAAAUGAUUAAAGUGGAGGUUUUAAGAGAGCGCCAAGAGACAGCACGGAGAAUGCGCAAAUACUACUUGACAUGCCUUCAACAAUUGCUCACUGAUAAUGGCAAACACGAAGGAGCUGAAAAAAAAAUAAUGGAUGCUGCCAGUAAACUUGCUACAAUGGCUAAAGGACUGGAAACGCCUCUCCGGCACGUUCCCCUGCGCAAAUCUGCCUGCUCAGCUCUGUGUAUAAAUUCUGAUCCCGGAGGUGAGUGCUCCAAAAGAGAUUGUGUGCGUUGGACUACGUCACACCGUAUGGAAAGCAAAUCACAUAGUGAAAGCAGUACUGAAAAAGCUGCUGAUAAAGCUGUCCAAAAGCGUGUUCCACGUGACUUGAUACAGCAGUUUGAUGCCACACAGACCAAAACUCAACAUGUGCUUUGUGAAACAGUGGCUUCAGAUAUUCAGAACAGGAAUAAUUCUCAAAAUCUGGAUGGUGCUUCUGGAGGUGUUCUACCAGAAUGCUAUCCAAAUAAAGAUGGAAGAAGAGAAAAAUAUGGCCCCAUUGCAAAUAAAGGCAAAGGACCUUUGUGUGCUGCGAGUAAUGGCAAUUCUCCUCCCUCUGCUGGUCAGGGAACACUACAGAAUAUGCAAGCACCCAGUGUUGCAAAUGGCCACACCAGCUCUGGCCCAGCUCAUCAUAUGCUUAAGAGCAAGAAUGGAAGAACAGGCUUGAAAGAGGAUAAAUGUAUCCAGUCAUGUGGAAAAUGGAAAACUAAGUCUAAGAGAACUCAGGAAUUUGAUUUUAAAGACACUCCAGAAAGAGAUGAAGGAAGCAGCAGUGAAUGGAGUUCUGGGAAUGGAAGCUUGCAUCUGGAUUGUGGUGAAAUGCAUCUCUUGUGUCCUCAACAAAAAGCUAAUGCUAAUGCUCAAGCACAGACUGUAUUCUGUGAAGAGUUUCCUCACAUCAGGUCAUUUUCCUCUGCUGAUGAAAACGUUACUUCUUGGAGAGACAUUUCUAGUGGCAGUGGCAAGAUUCUCAGUACAAAAAGCAGCACAAAAGCUUACAGUAGAAGCCAGCAGAUAACAAACCCAGAGCAUACUUCAUUCCUCAACUCUUGACAAAUCAAAUUCACCUGUCCCACAACUCAGUGUAACAUCAGAUUCAAAUGUAGGAAAAUACUGCAACAAAUGCUUGGAGAAAAAAUGGUGUGGGGUCCCCACUCUCAGCAAGAUAGUGGUUUUUAAUUAGCCCAUUCGUUAACUUGAAUUCAUACCAGCAGUCUUUGUUUGAAGGAAAAAAAAUAACUUGAUGUUUAAAUAAAAGUAUGAUGAUUAAAGAAAAUCUCUUCUACUAUGUCCAUUUCAUGAUCACUGUUACAUGAGCGAAUUCUAUGAAGUUACUUGAAAUA